AUGGUGCAUUCGAAGGAUUCUUGUCCCCUAUUGAAAACACGGGCUUGGCAUAACUGGAUUUCUGGACUUUUUAUGGACUGCAACGCUUCACCCGUCAGAGCGCAGGAAACGGCCCCCUGGUAUCCCCUACAAGUUACAAUGAAUGAGACAAAAUUCCCAGUUGACUACCACAAGUUACCGACGUUUGCAAAGGAAUGGCAAAUCAACCGUUUACUCAACGCCGAAGCAGAGACUUGUCAAACUGCAGUCAAACUAAAGACAAACUAUAGUCAAACUACAUUCACAGAAGACGAGCGUACUAGCCUUGGUGAGAUUUUGUCCUAA